CCUUGCAAGGCCUCUUUUUUCUUUUUUUACUCAUCCAUUUAGUCCCUCGACCAUCGGAAUAAAAAAACAUAAAUAUACACAAUGUUGCAGUUGAAAUCGAUUCUCAAUGUCAUUGACAACUCUGGUGCUGUCUGGGCAGAGUGCAUCCGAGUAUUGCACGGAGGCAAAUAUGCCAGGAUAGGCGAUGAAAUAGUCGUGGUUGUCAACAAAGCAAAAGCCAACGCAGUUGCUUCAGCGUCCGGAAUUCCCAAGGUCAAGAAAGGCGAUGUUCGUCAUGCACUAGUGGUCCGUGCAAGGAAGGAGACCUUGCGCCCUGAUGGUCGCUAUGUCCGCUUCGAUGACAACGCAUGUGUACUUUUGAAUAAGCAGGGAGAGCCUCUUGGAACCCGUGUCUUGGGCGUUGUCUCUGGUGAACUCAGGCAAAAGAGGUGGAUGAAACUCUUGAGCUUGGCUCCAAAGGUCAUCUAA